CUGUAAAUACGAGUAGGCUUAAGAGAGAGGGGAAUAUGAAAUGAUACAGAUGUAGACAAGUAAAUCUACAGACACAGGGAAAAACAAAAUCUAGAGAGAUAGAGAGAGGGCAUUGAUGAAUAAGAUCAUCAUUUUGGUAUGUUAUUGUAGAGGGAAGACACGACACAUGAGAUAGAAUAAAGAAAAUGUGGGCGCCAAUCUCAGUUUCAAGCUUUCAUCUUCUUCUCUUCUGAGAUCUAGGUUUUGUUUCUUCUUACCCAACCUUUCUCUCUCUCUUAGAUUGGUCAUGCCCCUGCCCUUUGAGGAGCUACAAGGACUGGGUUUUUCCUACGGAACACGUGAAGAUCUCUGUUGUGUUGUCGGUGUUAACAAUGGUAGUAGCGAGCCCACCUCUGUUCUAGACUCUAGCAGAAGCCCAAGCCCCUUCCUCUCUUCCUCAACCACCACGCUGUCUUCCUCUCACGGUGGUCCCGGCGGCGCCGCCGCCGGGAAAUGCAAUCAGAUGGCUUUCGAGGAUCUCGACGGAGUUCUCUCCGGUUCUCCGGGACAAGAGCAGAGCAUCUUUAGACUGAUUAUGUCCGGCGAUGUAGUGGAUCCGGGCUCUGAGUUCAUGGGCUUCGACCCGGGUUCUGGAUCCGACCCGAAUCCACUCUUCGGCUACGGCUUCCCUCUCGACGAGCCGCCACCGGAAGAAGAAGACUUGAAGUUUCAGAUCACGACGGACCCGAACCCGUGUUUCUUCUCCGGCGGGUCGUCUCCUCCGGCGAAAAGACUCAACUCGGGUCAACCCGUUUCUCACCAGUGGGGCUUCCCGUUCUCGGAUCCGGGUCACCCGUUUCUCGCGCCGCCGCCGAAGCUAGCUGGAACCGAAACAACGGCGGUAAUCACCGAGCAGCUAUUCAACGCGGCGGGGGAGCUAACCGGAACCGAUAACAACAAUCCCGUACUCGCGCAAGGGAUAUUGGCGCGGCUCAAUCAAAACCUCAACAACAACCUUAACAAUCCGAAGCCUCCGUUUCAAAGAGCGGCUUUGUACGUAACCGAAUCUCUCCAAUCUCUACUCCAACCGUCUCUCCCUCCACCUCACACCCUACUCCUUAAAAUCGCAGCCUACAGAGCCUUCUCCGAAACGUCGCCGUUUCUUCAAUUCGUUAACUUCACAGCAAACCAGACCAUCCUCGAGUCUUUGGAACGGUUCGACCGGAUCCGCAUUGUCGAUUUCGACGUCGGUUUCGGCGGUCAAUGGUCGUCUCUGAUUCAAGAACUCGCGAACAGAUCAUCAUCAGCUCCGUUAUCAUCGCUAAAGAUUACAUCUUUCUCCUCUCCUUCAACCGUCUCCGACAAGUUCGAGCUCCGGUUCACCGAAGAGAAUCUCAGAGCCUUCGCCGGAGAGACCGGAGUAACGUUCGAGAUGGAGAUGCUGAACAUGGAGACUCUCCUGAAUCCACCUCUCUCUCUGCUUCGAUCAUCUGAUAAAGAAGCAAUCGCAGUGAAUCUCCCGAUCAGCUCGGUUAUCUCCGGUUACCUCCCGUUAAUCCUCCGUUUCCUCAAACAAAUCUCUCCAAACGUCGUCGUUUGCUCAGACACUAUCCCCGACGCGCCGUUUCCCAACGCUGUGGUCGACGCGCUUCACUACUACACAUCUCUCCUCGAGUCUCUCGAGUCACCGAAUAGUAGUAGUCAGGAAGCUGUUGCGAGUAUCGAGAGGUUUUGCGUGCAGCCGUGGAUACAGAGACUGUUGACUAAUCGUUACCGUUGGAUGGACAAAUCUCCGCCGUGGAGAAGCUUGUUUGGACAAUGCGGGUUUACUUCCGUGGCGAUGAGUCAGACGGCGGAGACGCAGGCGGAGUAUUUGCUUCAGAGGAAUCCGAUGAGAGGGUUUCAUUUGGAGAAGAGACAGUCUUCGUCUUUUACUACUAGUUCGCUCGUGUUAUGUUGGCAGAAGAAAGAACUUGUUGCUGUCUCAGCCUGGAAAUGUUAAAAGAGGGUAAAAAUAAAAAAACAUCAGCCACUUUCUUUCGUUUUUAGCUUUUUAAUUUGGGUUUAAUCAUAUGUUUUAAUGUGUUAUUAAUCUUUGAUUGUGAUGUUAUUAACCAAUCAAAUGAUAUAUAUAAGUAUCCUUUUGUUAGUCCAA